UUUUUGAGAUAAUCAUUGGACCAUGGAGCUUGUGCUGGACAUGGUGUCUGUCUGCCGGACAUGCCUGCAGGAUGGUGACGAACUAAUGGUGUCCAUAUAUGAGCGAGACCAGGAAAAGGACCAUGGCGGCAUUUCACUCUGCGAGAAAAUCGAAAGUUUCAGUGGAAUACAAAUAAAACGGACUGAUGAUCUGCCCACCAGAAUUUGCCUCAAGUGCAGAGCUUUUCUCACCUUAGCCCACAAAUUCCGACAGAUUUGUCAACGUUCGAACGAUUUCCUACGAGAUUAUGUCUGCAAAGGUGUGGUGGUGGAGCCCGAGGCUAUCCCAUCGCCCCAACAUCCUGCGGAGGCGGAACAGUACGAACAAUUAGAAGUUGAGGUGCUGGAGGAGGGAAUGUGGUCCACGGAUGAUCUAAUCGAGGAGGAACAACCCCCGGAUGAAGUCGAGGAAACGGCCAUUGUCCUAAGCGUUGAGACUGUUCCGGCCCCACAGACAGUCCAAGCCAACACAAACAGUACUGGUAAAGUCUAUGUCUGUGAUAUGUGUGGCAAUAGCUAUCCCCGCAAGAGCACACUGGACACCCACAUGCGACGACAUCGCAACGAGCGCCCCUACGAGUGCGAAAUCUGUCGCAUGUCCUUCCACGUCAACUACCAACUGAUGCGCCACAUACGCAAGCACACAGGCGCACGGCCAUACAGCUGUCAUUAUUGCCAGCGAAGUUUUGCGGAUCGCACUUCCCUAGUCAAGCACGAACGAACCCAUCGCAAUGAGCGUCCCUAUGCCUGUGAGACUUGCGGCAAGACCUUCACCUACGCCAGCGUCCUGAAAGUUCACUACAAAACGCACACAGGCGAAAAGCCGCACAUCUGUCGACUCUGUGGCAAGAGCUUUGCAAGGAAUCACAAUCUGGUUGCUCAUCUGCAAACGCAACAGCAUCAAAAUGAUCCACGAACCGCCGACUAUUUGAACACGCUCAAAGCAGGGAAUACCACGGCGGUUAGUUAAGCAAAAGCUACAUUAAAAAUAAUCAGUUCUUGAGGAACUCUUUCUACAGUCUACAGUAAAGAUUUAAGAACUUCGAGAUUUGUUUAAAUUUUUA